UUGAAAAGCACAACCGGAAAAACCUUUUACGUCUAACUCUAGCGAGCAGGUGCAGCCCGCUAUCAACAACAAUAACAACGGGAGAAGUUAACGGUACUCCGGUUUUUCCAGACGCAAUGCACCGACUGUUGUUCGUGUUUCUGGCCGCUGCCGGGGCGUCUAUUCUCGGCCUCCGCAGGCUGGAUGCCUCCCCGGCGGCCGGGCCCUGCCUCGCCCCGCAGCAGUGGGAGGGCAGGUGGGUGCUGUACGACCACAGCACCGGGAGGAACAGCCGGGCCGCCGUCUCCUACGACGGCCUGAACCAGAGGAUCCGAGUCCUGCAGCAGAACAAGAAACACACCCCGUGUCAGAAGUUUUUUGAGUACAUCUACUUGUACCAGAGCAUGGUGAUGUUCCAGAUCGACCAGAAGACCAAGGACUGCUCAAAGAUCGCUCUGACGGAGGCCUGGGAUCCCUUCGACAUCCCAGACAACUCCACCUUCGAGGACCAGUACUUCAUCGGAGGCCCCGGGGACAACGUGGAGGUUCAGGAGUGGUCAGACAGGAAGCCGGCACGCCAACAUGAGACCUGGGUGGGCGUUUACACCCUGAAGGACUGCUAUCCGGUGCAGGAGACCUUCACGAGGAACAGCAGCGUCACCACCUCCACCCGCUUCUUCAACCUCCAGCUGGGCAUCAGCGACCCAGACGUCUUCACCCCGCCCAGCACCUGUCAAUCAGCUCGGCCCGAGAGGAUGGCAGAGUCCGACUGCUGAGGCCUUGCCAGCCCUCACCUUUGACCUUAGCUACUUAACAGCAUGAAGCUGAGUCCGAAAUCACUCCCUCAUUCACUAUUCCAAAUAUCACAGACACUCAAUAGUUCACUCAUGGUGAGCAGUAAACUGAGAUUUCGGACACCUCGUCAUUCUGCGUCAUCACUUACAGAUGUAGUGUCGCCUGCUGUUUACUUUUGCAUCCAUAAAAUCCACCGCAUUGUUAGCAGAAAGUAGUGCACAUGUCAUGGACAUUACUUGUUUUUUUCAGUGCUGGGAAUUUUUUUGUUUUCACACUCAAAAUUCAGAAACUCAAAUGAAAUGGCGUAGGGUAAAUAUAGUGGAAUAUAUAGUAAGAACGGAGUGAUUUCGGACGUAGUCUUUCGCUAGUGUUUUAUAGAAUUGUUUGUUAAUUUGCUGCUAAUUCGGUAAAGCUGUCAUCAGGACCAAUGAGCCCUGCUAGCUGCAACCUAACAAGCUAGCUCACAGCUAAUAGUACCAAGUGGUUAAAUUGGGAUUCCUAAACGAUUAGCUUCAUGCUAAAAAGUGACUUUAAGUGUUGCUGGCACUCUUCCUUGCAACCAAUUGAUAAUAUUCAUUUCAUGCAGCGAACGGUUUCAGUGAAGCAUUCCGACUUCAUGCUAACAAGCGUUUGUUGAUUUGAGUUUGAUAAAUCCAAAUCAUACAAAUGAAGUGCCUCAUAAACAUGAGCGGACACAAUAAUAUGAAGUCAAAAUCACAGGCGUUUUGGUUUUUAGUUUCUUUGAGAUCCAGUCAUAUUUUCCUCAGACAUGCGGUGAUCUGUUUGAGGUUUCAAAUAUGUUUUUCCCAAUUACAAACAAUUACGUGUACAGCCGGGGGGUAGAAACUCUGUGCCACAAUGUCACGAUAGCUUAUAUGGACAUUUUCUCUAUUUUAGCAAUAAAGCAACAGGAUCAUAAAAAGAGACUCUGCAUACCUGUUUGUAAUUUUUUUUAUUCUUUGAAAUAUUAUAACCGUAAUGUGAUGAUUAAUGUGACUAUUUGCCACCUCUAUCAGCUGUCACCUACAGUCCUACACUGAAACUCUAAAUGCACCAAAGCAUUGAUAACAGCCUGACAAAUGUUCGGACAAUUCAUUAAACAGCCAUAAACGUAACACUAUGAGUCUUACCUUAAAGAAGGUGUUUCUUCCUCACCAGGAUCUGUGCAAAACUAUCCACCACCUUAUUAAAAUCAAGGGGCCCUGACCAGAUCAAAAGAUGCUAGAUGCUAAUUGCUACUGUAAUUCUUAACUCUGAACUGAAAGACGGGAUCCCUUCUUGGGAUAUUGCACAUUUUACACCCAUUACUUUUGUGCUUCGUGCAGUUUAUGGCACAAAAACAACUCCUAAUAUUUAUUUCCACAUAAUCUCUCAGUCAUUCUGGUUUGUUUUCUACCCCCAGCGUGCGCACACAUCUCAACAAUUACGUUGCUCGGAUACAUCAAAACUAAAAUCUCUAAACUAAAACCAAGGCCCAUAUUUAGCCAUCCUGAUAAAUAAAUAUGACUGUCAACAGUCACAUAUUUGGUCCUAAAAUAAAGAAGUAAAGGAAUUUUAUUGACUUUCUUCACCGAGGAUGUUCAUCCUGUCGAACCAAGAUUGUGGAAAGCUGCAGAUCUGUCUGAAGAAACACCGUCAAAAGGCAAAUAAUGGGAUAAACCUGCACACACAUUGUAGAUGUGGAAAUAUAGAAAGUAGAAGGGAGACACAAAGACGAUUAAAACAUCUCGAGACGGAUUUAGUUUGGGAUGUAAUUGCUGUAUCCAUAAAACUGAAAACUUAAAAUGUACACUUAAUUGGUGACAGGAAGAUUUGACUCCAACAGCGAUGAUUUGUUAUUGCACCAUUACUGGUAAAACUACUGCACUAUUUACAUCACGCAAAUACUGUAAGAAGAACUGUAUCUUAAUGCUAAUAGCUAUAUGUAAUGCUGCAUUCACUCAAAUGUGAAUAAAUGUCAGAAGGACUUGA